AUGUUGCCGACGUCGCGCUCCGAAACGCCCCAGACCUUCCCCGGCUAUCAACCCGGCAUGCCCCAACAGGCACAAGGCCAACCCUCGCCCUAUCCCCAUCUCCAACCCAACGGCUCUGCCAACGCGACACCAUCGCCCAUCAUGGCAAACCAGCUGAGGCCCGGCAGUGUGCCUCAGCGAGUUGCGACCGCGUCACCACAUCCCUUUUCACCUGGCGCGCAACAGUUCGCGCCCCAAGCGUCACCGAACCCGUCCGAACAUAGCACUCCUCAACCGAAUCACUACAUGCAGCAAAACAUGCAGAAUAUGCCGCAGGGCUACAAUCCCAACUUCAAUCCUUCGCCAUCACCCGCGCGACCCUCUCCGAACCCGAACGCGAUGGCGGCUUCCGGCAUGAUGCCCCAGCAGAUGGGACAGAUGCCUCAACAUAUGGGACAGAUGCCGAACCAGAUGUUGCCUCCCAACAUGCAACCGCGAAACCCAAUGGAGCAGCAACAGAUGGCCGCUUACCAGGCGCGCUUGGCAAAGCAAUUACAGCAAGGGACGAUGCAGGGAAUGCAGAACAUGCAGAAUAUGCAGAACAUGCAAAGCAUGCAAAACAUGCAGAUGGCGGCUCAGAUGCAGGCCCAGCAGAACAUGGCUCAAGGCCGCGGUAUGAUACCGAAGCAGCCAAUGCAGAUGCCCAACGGCCAGAUGCCCCCCGGGGCCAUGCGACCGCAGCCGCAGCAACGGCCGAUGCCCGGAUCCAAUCCUGAAUCCUUCAUGAAGUCCCUUAACAACUUCAUGGCGGCCAAGGGCCAACAGCUCGACCCCAACCCGGCCAUCGGCAACCGUCCCGUCAACCUCCUCACGCUGUUUCAAUCUGUACAGACGAAGGGAGGCUACAAGCCUACAACUGCUAGCAAUCAAUGGCCUCAUGUGUCCAACAGCAUUGGCUUCCACCCUGGCCAGAUUCCCCAGGCACCGCAGAUGUUGAAGGAGAUUUACGAAAGAAAUCUUCUCCGGUUUGAGGAGGCUUGGGUAGCGCAGCAAAGCCGGCAGCGCAUGAUGCAACAACACAACCAGCCAGGCAUGCCCGGCCAGCCUGGUCAACCUAUGCCGCCCGGUGCCCAGCCUCAGUCGACUCCCACGAAGCAGAUGUCACCGCAAGGUCAGAUGCCGCCUCAGCAGCAAAUGAUGCCGCAGGGCCAACCGAACAUACCCCCUCAAGUGCAGACUCCCGUCAAGCAAGGGUCUUUCAGCGGGCCACCUCCGUCCCUUGUCCCGAAGCGUCGAGCCAACACCGGGCCAUCCCCAAGGCUUCCCUUCAGCGUCGCCGGCAUCCGUCAAGGGCGGAGGAAUGCCCCCAUUGCCGCGCCUCCCGGGAUGGAUCCCAAUCCGAUGGCAGCCUCGAUCAAACCUCGCAUGUUGCGAUUGGCCCAGGAAUCCGACGAAUACACGCCGAGCGCCCGCCCUCUUGAGACGUACGGCGGAAUCAACGUCAGGGCGUUCGACUUGAAGGGCCUGGAACUGCAAGGCCUGAAGCCUGAUAUCCCCCCUCCGUACGAGCUUGGGUAUGUUGAUCUGCAUGCCCUCACGCGGAGCUUGGAGUCUGGCAUUCAUGGCGAAGUCCGGGUUGCCCUCGACACCCUUGCGACUGUCACAGCGACCCAGCACCAGGCACUGCACAUUCACUUGAAGUACUGCGAAGAACUCAUCGAAGCACUUCUCGAGUGCGCCGAAAAACAGCUGGAUCUGCUUGUGGAAAACACAGAAGAAGCCUCAGCUGACAUCCAGCUGACCCCUUACGAGGACGUUGCGCGCGCCUGUUGGACCGAUAAGAUGGGUGUCAAGGAGCUGCCCAAGUUUGGAUCCCCCGAGUACGAGCUUGACAGAGCCGUCGAGCGGUUCUCCUGCGUCAUCACCAUCCUCCGCAACCUUUCGUUCCCAGAGGCCUCCAAUGAGAACCAUCUCGUGCUUGGCGAUGAGCUGGUCAUCAAGUUCCUGUGCGUUGUUAUCAGGUACCUCGGAACCAGAAACAUGCUCUUCCGGACGAACGCAAACACGCUUGAAUUCAUGAAGGAUGCUAUAAUCCUCUUGUCUAACAUCGCGGGUGCAGUUGAGAUCCCCGGUCGCGAGCAGGCGUUGUGCCUCCUACACUUUUUGCUGGCAUUCGCGCCGGCACCCGGGCCGACCUUUGUGGAUGACAAGCUCUAUUUCCCGCCGUAUCAGCCUGGUGUUCACACAUAUACAUUCCAUGCCGUGGACGCUCUGGCCAGGUUUUUGGCUAGAGACGAGCCAAACAGGACACAUUACAAGAUGCUGUUUGCCAUGGAAGCCAGCAGCACCCCGCAGUACGAUUUGUUGACGCGGUCCUUUGCUCUCGCUACCACCGUCGUUCCCAUCCAGUCACCGGAAUCCGCUGUGGCCCAUAUCGAGACCCCCGAAAAGUUUUUCCGCCUCGUUGAGGAUCGCAAGCCGUGGUUGAUGCAGGGCCUCUUGGCUGCAGACAUCCUUGCGUCGCUGGCUCCAGGGUAUGAGACAGGCGUUGCAAGGUCAUGGCUUUCCAGUGGCAACGGGUUUGCACAAGCCCUGUACCAUUUCGUGCAGGUCUUGGGAGCCCAGUUCGAGCAGCCAUGGCAGACACGAAGUGGCCAAGGCGAUCCUGCGGGCCGGGACACGGGGCUUGUGUACAUUGCGACCUCGGGUAUCUCGACUCUGCGGCGACUAGCAGAGAAGGCCCGCGAUCCCAACGAUCCCAAGUCGUCCGUUCCCGCGGACUCGUUACCUUCUGAGGAAAGCCUGUUCAAGAUGAUGCUGAUGCGAUCCCCAGAAUGGACGAAGGAUGGCGUCAUCAAGAACCUCGCAGCUUACGCAUCGUUGGACUCUUAA